AUGCUACGAGGCCGCAAAGCCGUCGAGGCGCUGCCGCGCGCCGCGCAUAUCUGGUACUACGUCGCGUCUCUAGUUGCCGUCGUCCUGGCGGCGAGACAGGUCGUGAGUGUAGUCGUCCAGGGACAACAUGUACGGCUGGGGGAGAUCGCUUCCCUUGUUGUCCUAGGGGCGUAUGUUUUUGGACCUCUGCGCGACGAGCAUGAGUAUUAUGGUGAUGCGGAGAGGAGGGGGUCCAACGACAUCCUCGGACUUCGCUACCUGAUACAGACGGCGCGCACACUGAAAAACAAUGUCAUGCUCGAUACGAGAAGAGAGACACUUGAAUAUACGGGACACACCUUUGUGCAUGGCAUUUUCCCCGAGUGGAACUCGUGCAUUACGACCGAUGAGCCCGAGAAUGUCAAGGCCGUGCUCUCUUCGAGGUUCGAGGAUUGGGCGUUGCCGGAUAUGCGUAUUAGGAGCUUUUUGAAGGUGCUUGGGAAACACUCCAUCUUCACAACCAACGGCGCUGAAUGGCAGCACUCUCGAGCCAUCCUACGCCCGGCCUUCGUGCGAGACCAGAUCUCGGAUCUCGCGUGCAUCGACCGACAUGUGAACAAACUCAUCGCGCAUAUCCGAGCCUCUAUUACUACCACCCCUGUUAUUGAUUUACAGGCGCUCUUCUCUAUGAUGACGACGGACAGUAUUUCUGACUUCAUGCUCGGCCAAUCGACCGAUCUCCUCGGCGGCGAUGCUCCCCAGGAUAGCUAUACCUUCGGCAGGUACUUUGAUGAGGCGAUGCAGAAGAUUGCGUGGCGCGCGCGUCUGGGCUGGCUUACCAUGUUGCGAGCUGAUCCCGAGCUCGACGAGUACUCGGACUUUAUGAGGGCUUUUGUCAAGCGCUUUGUGAGCGAUGUGCGCGAUAGAUCUGCUGCGGCGAAGAAUGUGGAUGCGAGGAAGUAUGUUUUCCUCGAUGAGUUGCUUAAGUCGGGGGAGUCAGACGAGGUUAUUUGUGAUCACCUUCUCAGUAUAUUCACAGCAGGCCGUGAUACGCAAACCAGCGUGCUGUCCUACCUCUUCUUCGAAUUGUCGCGACGCCCCGAUAUCGUUGCCACCAUCCGCGCCGAGAUCAGGGAUCUGGGCCGAGAGGAUCCGACGUGGGAAGACCUGCGAAACAUGAAGUACCUUAACUGGGUUCUUAAAGAAUCGCUGCGGCUCAAUCCGCCCGUGGCCUCGAACCAGAGAGAAGCCGUACGCGAUACCGUCUUACCUGUGGGUGGAGGCGCCGACGGCAAGGCCCCUGUUUUCGUGAAGAAGGGGACCAAUCUCCGAUAUCUUCCCUGGGUCAUGCAUCGCCGGAAGGACAUUUUUGGUGAUGAUGCGGAUGAGUUUCGGCCUGAGAGAUGGGAGGAUUUGAGGGUUACAUUCGAAUACCUCCCUUUCAACGCAGGCCCGCGCAUCUGUAUUGGGCAGCAAUUUGCACUGACGCAGAUGGCCUUGAUCACGUUCCGUCUAUUGCAGGCAUUCAAGACGAUCGAGCGACGAGACGACCGGCCGCCUAUCCAGAAACUGGGAAUCAACUUGUCUAUGUUGUAUGGGUGUCUCGUUAGUCUUACACCGGCUUGA